CAGAGGAAAUCUAAAAUCUCAGCCUCGCGCAAGCUGAUGCUGAAGAGCAUGAUGGUGGCCAGGGCGAAGGAGGAGCUGGAGCAGGAGAUGGAGGAGAAAGAGGAAGAGAAGUCAAAGUACCUGGAGGAGAAGGCCCCCCCGAUGCAGAUCAGUUGCAUGUCAUUGACAGAGCUGGAGACAUUAUGUGAAGAGCUGCACGCACAAAUCGACGUGGUGGACGAGGAGCGGUACGACAUUGAAGCCAAAGUGAUGCACAACAGCAGAGAGAUCAAAGACCUGAACAUCAAGGUGCUGGACCUGCGAGGGAAGUUUAAGAGACCCAGCCUCAGGAGAGUGAGGGUUUCUGCCGACGCCAUCCUGCGCUCCCUGCUGGGCUCGAAGCACAAGGUCUCUCUGGAUCUGAGAGCCAACCUCAAAUCGGUCAAGAAGGAGGACACAGAGAAGGAGAAGACAGCAGAGGUGAGCGACUGGAGGAAGAACGUGGAGGCCAUGUCGGGCAUGGAGGGCCGCAUGAAGAUGUUUGACGCAGCAGGCUCCAGCCAGUGA